CGGACGAAGAUACCCUCGUUCCUAGUCCUCGCCUGCACGCAGCUGCGGACCAGGGCAUCGGGUUGCGCAUGCGACUGAGCAGGUCAGACAAGGAGAGCGAGUGGCGAGGAUUCGGCUCUCGUCUCAUGAGAAGUCGCGCACCCUUCCUGCGAGUCGAUCGCACAGCCAUACAUCCCUUUCUCGAAUUCGGAAAUCAUUCAUUUUCACCCCCUUCCCGACCUGAAGUGGGUGUCCUUGCGGCCCAGGGAUGCAUCGCUACCAGCCAGCGAUCGGGUCGCCUGACUUUCAAGCUCAAGAUAAUUUACUGGGCUACGAUCGUCAAUGCCCCAAGCCGAAGUAAUGUACUAGCACCACCCUAAGGCGCAGCCUGAAGUAUGAAGAGUCCCAAAGCUCGCUGGGUUUGCUGUACAGUCACUACCAGCGAUGAACACCCUCGAUCUCGUAGUCGAGUCGCUGGCGUGCAUCGUCUACAAUGACGACGGAGUCGG